AUGAACGACAAGCUCGUGGAAACUGUCCAUGCGGUCGGAGCUAAGUUCUGCAAGACCCGCCGCAGAAGAACACAAAAACUCUCCGAUCACACUCUUAAUCUCAUGGCUGUUAGACGGGAGAUGAGGCUGCAAUCGUCAACAGAUUUGACAGCAUACAGGCAACUGAACAGACAGAUCUCCAAAUGCAUGCGGCGAGACUUACGCAACUUUAAUUCUGCUCGUAUUAAAGAAGCGAUCGAGCGGAACCAGGGCUCCAAAGUCUUUGCCAGAGAUCUGUCUGCCAGAAAGAGCCAACUGUCAAAGCUGAAGACUGAGUGUGGCAACAUCGUUUCCGGGACACCUGAGAUUUUGAGUGAGAUUGAGAGGUUCUAUGGGCAGCUGUACACAUCAUCGUUGGAGCCACACGCAAGUGUGAGUAACGAUCCAAGAGCAAGUCUUAUCCGACACUAUUCCGAUGAUAUCCCGGACGUCAGUCUGAGCGAGAUUAGAAUGGCUCUCCACCACCUUAAAAACAGCAAGGCCCCGGGCGAGGAUGGAAUUACAGCGGAGCUUCUGAAAGCGGGUGAAAAACCGGUACUUGAAGUCCUUCGGAAGCUCUUCAAUUCCGUCCUCCAUGGUGGCACUACUCCGGAGGCGUGGAGCAGAAGCGCGGUGAUUUUGUUCUUUAAGAAAGGCGACAACGCUCUCUUGAAGAACUACAGACCGAUUUCCCUUCUGAGCCGCGUCUACAUGCUAUUUUCGAGAGUCAUUACGAAUCGUCUCGCACGCAGACUCGACGACUUCCAGCCUCCCGAACAAGCCGGUUUCCGAAAAGGCUUCAGUACUAUAGACCACAUACAUACCCUGCGGCAGAUUGUACAGAAGACCGAAGAGUACAAUCUGCCACUUUGCCUGGCCUAUGUGGACUAUGAGAAAGCCUUUGAUUCCGUCGAAAUUUGGGCGGUGCUACAGUCCCUUCAGCGGUGCCAAGUUGACUGUCGGUACAUCGAAGUGCUGAAGUGUUUGUACAGUAGGGCUACGAUGGCUAUCCGAGUACAGAACCAGAGUUCGAAACCUAUCCAACUGCAGAGAGGUGUAAGACAGGGUGAUGUUAUAUCCCCGAAACUCUUCACCGCUGCGUUGGAAGACGUUUUCAAGCUACUGGACUGGAAAGGAUACGGUAUUAACAUCAAUGGCGAGUACAUCACUCACCUUCGAUUUGCCGACGAUAUAGUCAUUAUGGCAGAAUCGCUGGAGGACCUAAGCAUUAUGCUCAAUGACCUCAAUAGUGCCUCCCAACGGAUAGGUCUUAAGAUGAACAUGGACAAAACAAAGAUCAUGUUUAAUGUCCAUGUCACACCUAUGCCGGUAGUUGUUGGGAGCACUAUGCUCGAAGUUGUUGACGAGUACGUUUACCUGGGACAAAUAGUCCGACUAGGUAAGUCCAACUUCGACCGAGAGGUCAAUCGACGGAUUCAACUCGGCUGGGCAGCGUUCGGGAAAUUACGACAUAUCUUUUCGUCAGGUAUACCUCAAUCUCUAAAAACUAGAUUGUACAACCAGUGCGUGUUGCCAGUGAUGACCUACGGAUCUGAGACGUGGUCCUUCACUGCUGGCCGUAUGAGGACGCUUAAGGUCGCUCAGCGAGCUAUGGAGAGGGCUAUGCUUGGAGUUUCUCUGCGUGAUAGACUCAGAAAUGAGGAUAUCCGCAGUAAAACCAGAGUGACCGACAUAGCCCAACGGAUUAACGACACCAUGCCUGUAGUAAUGAGCAAAGAUGAAUGGCACCGCAUCGUAGGGUGGACGGACACCGGUCGCGAUGACUCGGAGGCGUUACGGAGGAAAGAGUACAUUCGCUACCUGCAUGAGACCAGUCGUGCCAUGACCAAGACCUGGCCCAACUCCUUGGAGAACGUAAACAAGCGUAACGAGGAACUGAGGCGCGCGCGCAUUGAGGCGGCCGAAGAGGCGAACACCAACUUUUACAAGAAGUACGUGAAACGCAAGAAACGGGAGCAGCAGAGGCUUCUGCAGGACGCCAGGGAUAUUAUCUUCCAAAACAAAGACGCUUCCAAAAUGUUUUUGAGUGCAGUAAUCGAAAGUGAGACCCAGAAAGAGCGCGAGGAACAAAUCAAGUUCCUCCAGAAACUUCGUGGUCAGGCGGCUGAGCGGAAGAAGCAAGAGGACGAAGACAUCAUCCGCAAAGCCAAGGAAUGGAAUGAACUAUUGGAGAUUCGGAAACAGCGCCGUUUUGAAGCCAACAAGCAGCACCAGAAGGAAAUUAUAGACCAAGCCCGAGAGGUCGAGGAACGGAACAGGCGCGAGUAUGAAACGGAGCUAACCCAGCAGAAGAUGGACAAUAUUAAAGCUGAUGAGGAAAUGACGACUAUCAAGAAGUUCGAACAGGAAAUGAGGGAGACGGAGAAGUCGCGCAUGUUCGCGGAUAUGCAGCAGCGGAGAUGCGAGGCACAGAAGAGCCGAGAUGAACGUGCGGCGCGCGAACGUUUGGACGAGCGCCUCUUGCACGUGGUCGCAUGCACGAGCGAUCGCAUCGACGUCAUGCGUAAACGCACCGAACAGGAGAUUCAAAAGGAAAAGCUGCGAGUAUUAGAGCAAAUCAGCCAGAAGCUGGAGACAGGAGACGCGGCACGGCAGGCGAAGGAACAAGAGAUUUUGGAAAAGGCUGUUAAGGAAAGAGAAGCCAAUGCGGAGGCUCAGCAACAGGCGCAGGCGAAGAAGCAAGCGCAGUUGAGAGAGGAGCGCGUGGAAACGCACAAGGCACACCUGCAAGAGGAGGAGCGGCAGCUGCACGAGAUGCACACCAUGCGACAGUGGGAGCUCAUAAACAGAUUCAAAAAUGUUGAAAUAUAUGAGGACUACAUGGAGAAGCAACGUGUGGAAAAGGAUCGCAAAACAAAGGAAUAUAGGGAGGAACUCCUGAGGUUAUGGAGGGAGCGCGAGGAGCGCGAGGCUCGCGAGAAGCAGGCGUGGCAACGGUGGCACGGCGAGCUGGCCGAGCAGCGCGAGCGCCACGCAGUGUGCCGCGAGCUGGCGCACGGCGCCGCGCUGCUGCAGCACGCGCAGCGCCACGCGCGCCCCACGCACGCCCUGCGCCGCGCCCUCGAUCGGUACUGUAAGCAACACCGGUUGUAUGCGUUGCCGGAACUACCGCGGAGUCUGCAAGCGCACUUCCCGCACUACGCGCCGCGGGACCGCACGCACUGCGACCACGCCCCACCACUGGACGAACCCGCCGCUACAGCUCCGCACACACUUGCUCGCAAAAGGGACGGAUUGAAUCACAACGCCGAUAAUUCAGAUACUACUCUACUGGAAACACCCGAAGAAGAUUACAAGAGACAAGGCCCUGCAAAUGGACUGCAAAGGAAGAGUUCGCAAAGUGACGUAGUGCUUCCGCCCGUCACUGUGGCGCCCUGCGGAAACCCCGAACGCGGGAAAUGA